CCCCACUCUUCUUUCCUUCAAAUUUCUCGAAUUUUAUUUUCUUAACCUUUUACUCACCAAAACCCCGAUAAUCUUUCCCAUGAUAACCGAUCGGAUUUAGGGCUUUUCAUUUUCUCCACCAGAUAGAUACAAAAUUAUUCCAAUGGUGGUAGUUAAGAAUGACACGGAUCGGAUCAAGGGUCCAUGGAGUCCUGAAGAAGACGACCUCUUACAGACGCUUGUUCAAAAACUCGGUGCUCGGAACUGGUCGCUCAUCAGCAAGUCGAUUCCUGGUCGCUCUGGUAAAUCCUGCCGCCUACGGUGGUGCAACCAGCUGUCGCCGCAGGUGGAGCACCGUCCGUUUACGCCGGAGGAGGAUGAGACAAUCGUCAGGGCUCACGCGCGGUUCGGGAACAAGUGGGCCACCAUAUCACGGUUGCUCAACGGCCGGACAGAUAACGCCAUAAAAAACCACUGGAAUUCAACGCUCAAGCGUAAGUGUUCGUCGAUGUCUAACGAUGAUUUUUCGUUCCUCGAUAGGCAAGAUCUGGUGAAUUAUCAACCGCCAUUAAAGCGGUCUGCUAGCCUCGGACCGGAUAGUGGUUGCUCUGCGUUGUUUCUGAACCCUAACAGCCCGACCGGGUCUGACGACUUUAGGCAUUCGAGUCAUCGUCUUCUGAACAAUGGUCCGGUUCUGAAUGAUCCACCGACUUCGUUAAGCUUGUCCUUACCUGGAUCUGAACUGAGACAAAAGUUCCUAGAGGAAACUCCGGCACCGCCACCGCCACAGGCGACGGCGCUGCAAAGUGGUGGUCCGAAUUAUGAGUUCUUCAACCCGGAAUUAAUGGCGGUGAUGCAGGAAAUGAUAAAAGAUGAAGUGAGGCAUUACAUGUCUGGGAUGGAGAAAAAGGGGAAGUGCCAGAAAGCUGAAGGUGUUAUCGAGAAUGCUUUGAUCAAUCGUAUGGAUGUGAACAGAAUCGAGUAGUAGUGAUUUUGAUGAAAAUAUAGAAAGUGGGUUGGUAUUUGGUAAUUGCCAUUGGUGAUGAUGAUGAUAAGCUUCGUUUGAGUUAUUAGGAUUUGGGGUAGUUUGAUUUGCAUAUCUAUAAUCAGUUUUUCGUUCGUAUAUACAAAUAUAAUUAUGGUGAAUUGAAUUCUUUCGAAAUGGAAAUGUUUUCUUUAA